AUGGCGACAAAAGGGACACAACUUGAUAACGAUAAACACCUCUUGAAAUUCUCGACUUAUGAAGAGUACCUGGACUCCCUGGUGACCCAAGUGGAUCUCGAUUACCUGAGAAACACCGAGACAGCGAGACUUAUCGCAGAGUUGGGUUACAAAAGCACGGGAGAGACUCUGGAUCGCGAGGCCUUCCACGAUCGCAGAAAUAUCGUCAAGGAUUUAUUAUUCCCCGUGUGGAGACCAUUCACACUUGACUCUGAACUGACGAACCACAGGGACCCCCUGAUAAUAGAAUUAUCACUUCGAGAGAGGGCUAAUCGUCUGGGAACACUGUCGACAAUUAUUUUCGUCAAGAUAAUUACGAAAUCUGGAUUCGAAGUUUCUGGAUAUAUAGAUUUUGCUCAUCGAUUGAGGAGGGAGAAUUGGAAGCCGUUCUUCGAGGGGAGGAGGAAGUUGAGACCGGGGAAGAGUGAUCUUUCGUACUAUCAUUGGAAGACUAAAAAGUUGAUUCUGAAUGGAACGGAUAAUUAUGAGCCUGUGAUGGAUGUGAAGAAGGGGAUUCUUUUGAAGAAUCUCAAGGAUCUCAAGUUUGUGGAUUUGGAUCCUAAGACUAGUCCAGGGGUCGAUACGUUUAGGUUGAGGGUCGAGAGUAGGGAUUAUCAGCAGGUAGUGCUGUAUGAUCAUGUCGUGAGAUGCAGACUUUAA